AUGUUGUCAGAAAACCAGACUUCUAUACAUGAAUUCAUCCUUGUUGGUUUCUCCAACACUGCAGGAGUCCAGAUUUUUCUGCUUAUACUCUUCCUGCUGGCCUAUGUACUGACCCUAUGUGGAAACCUUAUAAUCAUUGCUAUUGUCCAGCUCCACCAACAGCUCCACACUCCCAUGUACUUAUUCCUCAGCCACUUGUCCUUGAUUGAGAUUGGGCAUAUGACUAACACAACCCCCAAGAUGCUGGUAGACUUCUUAAAAGAGAAAAAGGUUAUCAGCACUGUAGGUUGCUUCACACAGCUAUACUUCAACCUCUUCCUGGGACUGACGGAAAACUUCCUACUGGUACUCAUGGCUUUUGACCGCUACUUAGCCAUUUGUAACCCUUUGAAUUACACCACUCUAAUGGAUUCAAGAACUUGCAGAAAUUUGUCUGUUGGGUGCUGGGUUGGAGGGUUGCUGGCACCAAUAUCACCAACUAUUAUGCUCUGUCGGCUGUCAUUUUGUGGACCCAAUAGAAUCAACCAUUUCUUCUGUGAUCUAGUCCCAGUGCUGACUCUUCCAUGUGGGAACAAGACAUUCACUGAAAUUUUCUUCUUUUUGUUCACUUGUUCAAUGGUGUUAGGUUGCUUCUCCAUGAUAGUGGUGUCUUAUGUUAAGAUCAUUGUUACUAUAUUGAGGAUGCCGUCCACUGGAGGAAGGCAUAAAGCAUUUUCAACUUGUAGUGCCCAUCUCAUUGUUGUAUCCAUAUAUUAUGGCUCAGUCAUGUAUAUGUAUCUUCGGCCUUCCGUAAGGGACAUUCGUGAUUCAGACAAAAUAGUAUCUGUCUUUUAUUGUACGGUGACACCAUUUCUGAACCCUUUCAUCUAUAGCCUGAGGAAUAACAAGGUCCAUGAAUCAUUCAAAUUAAUGCUUGUUAAGACAAAAGCUAUAAGCUAA